AUGCAGCCCCCUUGUUCUCUCCAGCUCGGCCCCUGUGGCCCCCCUCCAGCCCUGGGAUCGCAGGGCAGCGCUGCCGGCCUCCAGCAGCUGGAGGAGAAGCUGCUCUUUGAGAAGUUUUGGAAGGGGACUUUCAAGGCUGUGGCCACCCCAAGACCGGAGAGCGUCAUUGUGGCCAGCAUCACCGCACGCAGGAGGGUGAUUGACUUGGAGACGACAGCCUGCCAGCCGCUCAAGACUGAUGAGAAGAAAGCAGCGGACUCCCGGGUGGAUACCGCUGACAGAAACGGCUGCAUCAAAGGGAAAGGACGCAAACACCACAGUCAUCGCAGGGCCAGGAGCCCCUCCUUUGAUGAGGAUCUCUCCCCUCGGCAUAAAGGGAAGAAGAAGAAGAGAAAGUCUGAAAGGAGGAGGAAGAGGAAAAGGUCUCCUUCCCACAGCCUGUCGCCUCUGAGAAAGAAGAAAAAGAAGAAGAAGAAGAACUCCAAGAAAAGCAAGCGGCAUAGGUACACCUCAAAGAAGUCCAAACACAGCUCUUCAAGUUUAAAACAUAAGAGGAAGGAUGAGCGCAAGCACAAGAAAAGUUCACGGACUCACUCGCGGCGGAGACGACGCCAUCGGAGGUCAGAGUCGGACAGUUCUUCCUGCCAAUCUUCCACAGAGGACAGACACCAUCUGCAGAAAUCUGUGGUGCAUCAGACAUUAGGAGCCCUGGCAGCUGUAGUUGAGGAAACUAACGGCGUGCUCGAUCACACGGACAUGAAGUGGAGACCUGCAACCAAAUCAGUGUGUAAAACGGCUCCAAAAUAUCGCUCCAUCCUCUCAACGGCCACCAUUGUGUCAUCAAAACCUGUAGACGAGCUCUUACACAGAAACGGGUCUCAGGAUUUAUCCAGCCAGAUCGAAGGUCCGCACGAUUACGAUUCUGGGAAUGACACGUCUUCUCCGCCAUCCAGCAAAACUGGCGUUUCUCGAGUGAGCGUCGCUGACAUCAAGAGGAGUCACUGUCAGCGUCUGGCCUCCCCGGAGAAGCUGAAGUUUAACGACAGAGACAACGUGUCUGAUUCAGGAAACUCUGUGACCAGCUACGCCUCCCUGUGCAGACCUUACGGCGAGGACGGCUUGUCUGCAGCUCUCUUCAGUGCAAACGGCAAGAGGGAGCAGAUCACCUUGGGGUGUCGGGUGGAAGUGGUGAGAUCUCCAAAGACCUCUGGCUGUUCUCAGAGGAUGAACAAAUCAUCCGGAAGGCGUCUGAAAACUCGGCAGUCCAGCAGCAGGAGCAGGAGCAGGAGCAGGUCCUCGGGGAGUUCCAGAUACCCCGGACGCUACUCUCGAAGCCUGUCGCUGUCAUCCUGCAGUUCGUACUCACGCUCACCGAGUUACUCGUCUGAUCCGAGGCGACGAGGCAGCGUGGCCAGCCUGAGCUCCAGAGGAAGCUACUCCAGAUACACUCCUGACAGACUACGAGACAGAAAGAGAACUCCGAGCUCCAGAGAGACAGAUGUGAAGCAUGCACACAAGCAUGGUGGGAAGAGACGGAGACGCAAAUCCUACUCCCCCAUGAAGAAGAGGAGGAGAGACUCACCGAGCCAUCUGGAAGCCCGCCGAAUCACAAGUGCCAGGAAGCGACCCAUCCCAUACUUCCGACCCAGCCCUUCCUCCAGCAGUUGCUCCACCAGCGUGUCGUCCUGGAGCAGCCUCUUCACCCGCAGCCGCAGUCGCAGCCCGAUCCACAGUUUCAGCCGGAGCCGGAGCAGAAGCCACAGCCGCUCCUCCUACAGGAGCUACAGCCGCAGCUCGUCCUGGAACUCAAUCUUUGGGACCCGCAGUCGCAGCAGGAGUCGCGGUCCGUUGAACAAACGCAACAAAAACAGGCAUUAG